GUUUCGGUCUCCUUCUUGCUAUGUGGAUUACAGCUCCCACUACUAAGCACAGAGGAUUACUAUCGGAGUGUUUUGGUUUUCUGACUUUAAUUCAGGCGUUUGGUGGACGUUAGCAGUUCAUUUUGGACUUUACGUAGAUGAGUAUGGAGAUGAACGGUCGCGUCCUGCCGCCGUCCAUUCCUGAGGAUGGAGAAGCUCCGGACAACUUUCCUCAUGGGGAGAGGAACGGAUACCAUCAGAGGCUGCAGGGCGGUGAUGGGGGAGAGGCUGAGGUCCCGGUCUCCAAGUCCCAGAGACGAAAGAGCGAUGUCAAAGUCUAUAAGGAGUUUUGUGAUUUUUAUGCUCGCUUCAACAUGGCCAAUGCUCUGGCCAACGCCAUGUGUGAGCGCUGCAAGAGUGGUUUUGCCCCGGCUGAGAAGAUCGUGAACAGCAACGGGGAACUUUACCACGAGCAGUGCUUUGUGUGCGCCCAGUGUUUCCAACAGUUCCCAGAGGGACUCUUCUAUGAGUUUGAAGGGAGGAAAUACUGUGAACAUGACUUCCAGAUGCUGUUCGCUCCCUGCUGCCACCAGUGUGGUGAGUUCAUCAUUGGCCGCGUGAUCAAGGCAAUGAACAACAGCUGGCAUCCGGACUGUUUCUGCUGUGAUAUCUGCCAGGCUGUGCUCGCUGAUGUGGGAUUCGUGAAGAAUGCCGGAAGGCACCUGUGUCGUCCGUGUCACAACAGGGAGAAAGCUCGAGGCCUUGGCAAGUACAUCUGCCAGAAGUGCCACGCCAUUAUUGAGGAGCAGCCUCUUCUGUUCAAGAAUGACCCGUACCACCCUGAUCACUUCAACUGCAACAACUGCGGUAAGGAGCUGACGGCUGAUGCCAGGGAGCUGAAGGGUGAGCUCUACUGUCUGCCCUGCCACGACAAGAUGGGCGUCCCCAUCUGCGGGGCCUGUAGGAGACCCAUCGAGGGCCGCGUGGUCAAUGCCAUGGGCAAACAGUGGCAUGUGGAGCAUUUUGUGUGUGCUAAGUGUGAGAAACCCUUCCUGGGACACCGUCACUACGAACGCAAGGGCCUGGCCUACUGUGAGACUCACUACAACCAGCUGUUUGGAGAUGUUUGCUACCACUGCAAUCGUGUGAUUGAAGGAGAUGUGGUGUCUGCCCUCAACAAGGCUUGGUGUGUCAACUGUUUUGCCUGCUCCACCUGCAACACCAAGCUCACCCUGAAGAACAAGUUUGUGGAGUUUGACAUGAAACCCGUGUGCAAGAAGUGCUACGAGAAAUUCCCUCUGGAGCUGAAGAAGAGGCUGAAGAAGCUGUCUGAAACGGUUGCCCGGAAGUAAACGGGAAAAGAGGGAGAAAGAGAUGAGACCCCCAGGUUCACAUUUCCAGAGUUGACAAUCUUAUCAGAAAGCAUUUGUGUGUUUUUACAUAAUUUGUAUGUUAAAUUUAGGUUGGUAAUUUAAGCGAAAUAUUACCACUUUUUGUCUUUUCAGUUACAGAGGAUCUUUUCAUGAUCUUCAAACUGACGGACUGGCCAACAGGCAGGUUGUUGGUCAGUCAGUCGGUAGGUUUGAAAUUAACUUUUCAGUGCCUUUUGGGUCAAAUACUGCACUGAAUAUUUUUCACAUGCUUGCCUUAUUUUACUAUAUGCAUCAAACCUAAACACACUUGAUGAUAGUCCUGUAUUUCAAAAUGAGCUUUAAAAGAACAUAGAAACAUGAGAAUGAUUUAAAAAAAAUCAUGUGUUGACAGGCUGUUCAUCUGUUUGCCAACUUGUCAUGAUGCCAAGCCACGUGUCUUCUGUUUGAAUUAUGUUACUGUCACUCUUGUAUAAUAACGCAGUAAACCCAAAGAAAGUUGAGCAAAAUACAGUUUUAUUGAAUGUGUAUAUAGUGCCUCUCAUAUUUCCUGUUUUCCACCAACAUGUAUGAUUUUAUGGAUUGUUAAUGUGUAUUUUCUUUUAUAUUAUGCUAAAUACGUUUGUGUUAUCAAUACAGUUGACAUUUGUUUGUAUUUACAGUUUGACAUCAUACUGUAUCCUCCUUAAUGCUACAGUGAUGGACUCAUCCGUCACCUGCAGUAUGUUGCAUUGCCUUAUGCGCUAUGCAUUUUAUGUGUGAAACACUCUAUAUCAACUCAUAUUUAAACAGAGUUACCAGUUUACUAGGUCCACUUGUACAAUCUAAUAUAAUCUAAUACAACAGGAAAAAAAAAAAAGUUAAUAGUGUUCAGUUUUUGUUUUCUCUACCCUUAGUUACAGUAAGAAAUACAUGAUGUCGACUGGUAUUAGACACGGCACCUCUGACACGCUGUCAACAAACACUGACCAUAAUGAGCUUCACAGUAACAGGAUUUAUUGCAGGGCAACUGGUAACUCUGUGUGUCUUGUAACAUGAUGGCUUGCAGCAUGUGCAGAGACUGGAUGUGGUAGUUAUGUUAGAAGUUGGAGAACAUGUGUCUCUGCUGUUUGUAAUCCUAAGAAAGUGAUCCUCUUAGAGGGGUGUACCGACUCCCUCAGGGCUCAGACCCUCUUAGGAAAGAAAGCCAACCGUUGCGAAGGGGAAAGAAUAGUUUGACUUGAGCAGUAUUUUAAUCAUAGAAUGCUUCUAAUUUACACAGUAGUUUAGUGAAAAACACAUUCCACUAUUUUAUAGAGAUUUCUUACUAUUUCACGUCCUGUGCCAUAACAUUUGUCAUGUAGAAGUUAGAGCUAUCCUCUGAUUUCAGCUCCACUAAAAUAGGUCAGCUUACUACCUGGGCGACUGAGAUGACUCUACACAGACAAACACUGCUCUUAUAACUGUAUUUUAUCUUUGCUUGUCAAGAGACGAUAUUUAUUCAUGUAAACACACCAAGGUGCAUGUUCUAGACUUGAAUUUAAAGCUUUUUUCAUUAUAUCUAAGAUAAUUCUGUCAGCUCAUCUGAAUAAACAUUGUGUGUCGA